AAACAAGUGUUCACUUGUUUAAAUAUGGGUAAUUUAUGAUGUUAGUUGAGGUAAACGAUAGUAAGUCAGGCUGGCGACGGCGUCAUCAGCUGAGACACAUCGCAGCUCUGCCUCAGCCUGAAUAAAGAAAAUUUACAUACAUUUAGCGAAGAGAAGAAGGCAAGAAUGGAUGGUAUGACGUCGUACCAGAGUAGCGGCACCCGUAAUGGUGACCUUCAAAAAUAUUCGCAUAAUAUUGGUUCAAAUAUCCAGAAAAUUUCACAAAAUGUCAAAUCUAUGCAGCAGCUGGUGAACCAACUAGGCACAGAUCAAGAUAAUCAACAGCUGCGAGCUCAGCUACACCAGGUGCAGCACUACACAGGAGGUUUGGCCAAAGACACAACUGUUGAACUCAGGACAUUCAAAUCUUUAUCAGUUCCCCAUGGCCAGGAUGCCCGGACGUGGCACAUGCAGGCAGAGCGACUUACACGGGAGUUUUCACAGGCUCUCAAUGACUUCCAAAAUGCUCAGCGACAAGCCGCAGCAAAAGAAAAAGAGGCACUUAAGAAGGCUCGAGCUGACUCUGAUGCUCAUUUUUUCGAGGACCCUAGCCAUGGAGCGGCUCUUCUAGACUUGGGAGAAACGGGCAACAAAGGGCGUUCACAGCAGUCACAAAUGCAGAUCCAGAUGGAGCAAGAGCAAGAAAUGCAAGCAUUACAGGAAAGAGAGACACAGAUACGCCAGUUAGAGUCUGAUAUUAUGGAUGUAAAUCAAAUCUUCAAAGACUUGGCAACAAUGGUUCAUGAGCAGGGCGAGAUUGUCGACUCUAUAGAGGCAAAUGUUGAAUCUGCUCAGGUCCACGUUUCACAGGCAUCAACACAGCUCUCUCAAGCUAGGCAAUACCAGAACAAAGCACGUAGAAAGAAGAUUUGCCUUGUUGGUAUUGGUAUAAUACUGUUGGCCAUUGUUAUUGGGCUCAUUGUUUGGUCUUCAUCACAUUAAGGAUAAAUCAAGACGGAAGGUGGUUCUCCUCACGCUUACCUGCCUCAUGAUUGCCUUGGUAAUUGGUCUUAUUGUGUGGGCUAGCAACUGAGGGAAAAUGGUCACUGUUAACUUUGUGAACUUUAGAUGAUGGCAGUUGAAGGAAUUUGUGUUCCCAUAAAUUUGAGUAUUGUAUUCAUUUGACAUUUAUGUAGGGGUCAACUUGUGGCUUAGCUCAUCAUCACUGUAUAUGAUUGUCAUUAGAUUGUCACUGAUGUGAUGUUUGUACUGUACAGUAUAGCCAAAGUUGGUUUUUCUUUGUACAAAUUUGUAAAAUGAAUGAUUAUCACAUCUGAAACUUUUGUUAAAGUAUUAGGCAAAAUAUAAUAUACUGUAAUAUCCAGGGUAAAUGGAAAAAUAUAAAGCCAUUUAUGUUUUAAAUAGAAUUCCCUGCAGCUAUCACGUCCAGUGCUCUCACAACAUAAGGUUGUCGAUUGAUUAUUUAUACAUACUAUAAGAAAGUAAAGAAUCACAAAGCUAUUUCAGUUUCCCCCCCAAAAUGUUACAUAUUCCAUUAUUAGUGUGGCUAUAAAUAUUUCAUGGGAAUGGAUGAAAAUACAUUAAGAUACCUAUAAAAAAUAUGUUUUAUGACAUUUAAUGGAAGUAUGACAUCCACUUGGAAGUUAUAGAUCACUUGUUGCAUAAAAUCAUUGUUAAAACAUUUAGUUCAUAUUGCAUUGUACAGUAUUUAGUAUAGUCCUGCCUGUUAUCUCCAACAGUGAACUUUUUGUUAAGCUCUGUGUAUAAAUAUAGUAAAUACAGUACUUUAUUAAAUUGUUAUGCAGUGUAUUUUGAAUGGUAAUGUUUGCAAGCAGUUGAUUAUUAGAACUUAUUUACAACAAUGUCUAUAAAUAAGGAAAAAUUCUGCUUAGUCUGUCUUCACCUCCAAUAUAUAGUUUGGGUAUAUUAAUUUUAUAGGAUGCAGAUCAACACAUGUAAUCUUGCCAAAGCAAAGGAAUUAUAUCCUAUAACAUGUAAAUGGGAAAAAUCUUGUAAUAUACUAUAUACAGUUAAAUA